UUGUCGACAAGUUGCAGCUAGUAACUGUUUCCGUCCUGUUGUUAAUAAAGUUUGAAUUUGAAUCGGCUGCCUCUGCAACAACAAUGGCGGCGGCUAAAGCUGCAUCCGGAGUCCCCCCUUCACUGUCUGCCAAAGUGAUAGGGUCAUUUGCUUAUUUGACUAUAAGAGACAGAAUGCCAACUAUUUUGACAAAAGUUAUAGACACAAUACACCGCAACAAAAACAAGUUUUUUGAGGAACAUGGAGAGGAGGGGAUCAGUGCAGAGAAACAGGCGAUUUCUCUGCUGUCAAAACUGAGGAAUGAGAUGCAAACCGAUAAGCCACUACUGGAAUUGAAAGAUGACUUGCCAGACACUGAGUCCUGGAACCAGUACAUGCAGAGACAGCAGAACCAGCUGGGGGACCAGGAGCCUGUUAGCUGGUUCAAGUCUCCGUGGCUCUAUGUGGAGUGCUACAUGUACAGAAGGAUACAAGAAGCAAUAUGGCUCAAUCCUCCGAUUAACAACUUUGACUUCUUUAAUGAGGGGAAGACCGAAAGCUUUUUUGAGUCUCAGCAGGCUGUGAUGGCUUUAUGUACUUAUCUGGGAGACAUCCAGAAGAGCAUGGAGACGCUGUCAGAGAACCAACUGUCUGAAUGUUUCAACAAGCUACUUCAGGUUUCCCUCUGGGGGAAUAGGUGUGAUCUUUCCAUCUCUGCUGGUCAAAAGAAUUCCCAGAAGGCCAGUCCCAUAGAUUCCCUCAACAGCUUACAGUCUUUUAUCUUGGUGGACGACUCCAACAUGGUAUGGUUGACUCUUAAUUCCUGUAGAAGGUCUGAAGGAUCCGGCAAAAAAACAGCAGACAGAGUUGACAUUGUGCUAGACAAUGCUGGCUUUGAGCUAAUCACUGACUUGGUCCUUGCGGAUUUCCUGGUGUCAUCAGGCCUCACACGUCAAGUUCAUUUUCAUGGUAAAUGCUUCCCGUGGUUCGUCUCUGAUGUCACAGCUAAUGACUUUCAGUGGACCAUCCGACAGACCAUGGCAGCCAAUCACAAGUGGAUGUGUAAGAGUGGCUUCCAGUGGCAGAGCUACCUCAAAGAGGGUCUGUGGUGCUAUCACGACCAUCCUUUCUGGACACAGCCCCAUGAGUUCUGCGACAUGGCUGCUGAUGCCCCUGACCUGUAUGCAACCCUGCAGGAAGCAGACCUGGUGCUAUUUAAAGGGGAUCUAAACUACAGGAAGCUGACUGGUGACAGGGACUGGCCCCAUACUGUGGAUUUCUCUACUGCACUGAGAGGUUUUGAGCCUUCAGCACUUUGUAGCCUGAGAACCCUGAAGGCCAACGUGCAGGUCGGGCUGCAGCCGGGACAAGGAGAGAAGCUGACUUCUCAAGACCCAUCGUGGAUGACCAAUGGGAAGUAUGCAGUUAUUCAGUUCCAAAGCCCGAAGUUGGAGAAGAACCGACCUCAAGAUUAGACUCCUUAGGAUUAGACUUGGAUGAGUGGACUCCAUUGGGUUUUUACUGUAAAAAGCAUCAUCAUUAGGUGCUUCCAUUAAGCCACAUAACAAAACAAAGUUAUCAAAGGUUCUUAAAGACUUUACCUGUCUUACUUAAAUUGAACAGUAUUAACAGUCUGGAUCAUUUAUAUCACUGCCAUCUCAUGUUUAAGAUGUCUUCAUUUUUAGGUAGAAAUUGUUUUUUUCUAAAUAGAAUUCAGGCUGUCGAUAAUUGUUUGUUUAUCUACAUUUCGGUUAAAAAUGCCCAUAUCUUGGAUGCCUACACUUGAUUUGAAAUGUUUACGCAGAUAGUCUUGGUAAAAGGAAUUUAGCGCUUAAUCAGUUUAACAAAAAACAGGAAUAUUUUGCAUGCAGAUCGGAAUGAUGGUGGAUUUAUCAACAUAGUGUUUGUGCUUUCUUCUUUUUAAUUCCUCCCACCAAUGAUUGAUGUUUGCAUCAGUGUUCAUGCAUCAAAACCAGAAAAUUGAUUAACUUAUUUAGCACUUUGUUAUGUAUUUUCUCUGCUGAAUAAAUCAUGAAAGCAAUGGGUGUAUGUAUGAUAUAAGAGCGGAAUGUGCAUCUUUUGUUUUGAAAAAAAAAAAA